AUGGGGGUGUGGAAGAAAGUACUCAUUGGGGGUGGCAUCGCUGCUCUUAUUAUUUUAAUCCUCGGCUUGUCAUUGGGACUGACUCUCGGUCGGACGAAAAUUAAAUCCACAUUUUUCUCUAAGUGUGAGAAGUUUAAAGAACAUGACUGUAAAAAGUUAUGGGAUCUCUUUGAGAAGGCCCAUGUGAACAAGGAUCCAUGUAACGUUCCAGUGGAAGCUUAUAAUCCCCUCAUUGCUGAAGUCCCCUUCAAACUAGACUGCAACAAAGUGAUGUUCUGGAGCAACACGAAGGAUUUGGUCCAUGAUUUAACUGCAAAGAGAAAGGACUGUUUUGUCACUUUGGAGGACACUCUGUUGGGAUCUAUCUUAGACGGUCUGAUGUGGUGUGGAAAAGAAGGCAAAAACGGUACCUUCUCUAAUGGGUGCCCCGGAUGGUCAGAGUGUGAAAACAACCCUGUUCGUUCAUUUUGGAAAUGUGCCUCUGCUGCUUUUGCAGAUGCUGCCUGUGGUGAUGUCACGGCAAUGCUAAGCGGGUCCACCACCACACCAUUCGAUCCUACAAGUAUUUUUGCAAGCAUUGAGGUGACGAGGCUUAAAGCCCCUAGGGUCAGUAGCAUGAAUGUUGUUAUGGUCUUAAAGAAGAACGCCAAAUCAGAUUGUACAAAUGCAUCCUUGAAGAAUUUACAGAAUCAGUUAGAUCCAAACAUGUGUGUUACAGAGGAGCUGACGACCUGUCGGGUCUUAGACUCCACCUCUCUGGGAACAUCUCAUGCCCUACAAGGUAUGGAGGUCUAUCUCCCCUCACCACACUCGCUGUUGGUGGCUGAUGGCGUCAGACGUCGGUGUGUUGGUGGUUCUUGUUGUCUGGGGCUGGGCGCCCGGGUAUGUACUGGCUCACUACCGGUGGCCGCUUGGUGGGGCCUGGCACCCAUGGCUCAGUCGGACCCCUUCCGGAGGUAG